GACUGACGCCCGCCAUUCUUGUUUGCUGUCAAAAGCUGUAAUGUUAAAUUAUACAUAAGUUUUCUUAUUUGAGGAGUCGUUUAAUAAGAUAUUGUUAGUAAUUUUAAUUUCUUUUACUUUAAAAAAUGUCAAAUAUAUCACUUGAUAAGGAAACUUUCUACCGUCGCAUGAAAAAGCUGUAUGCAGCAUGGAAGGCUGCUGCAGCUGAUCCCAAAAGCGAGGAUGCUUUGGCCAAAGCCGAUUGUCUUGUAUCGUGUGUUGGUGUGGAUGAAGAUACUCUUUACAGCAAAUCAACAGCACUACAGACAUGGCUAUUUGGGUAUGAGUUACCAGAUACAAUAACAGUCCUCACAGAGCACAGCAUGUGUUUCCUUGCCAGUAAAAAGAAAAUUGAAUUUCUUCGACAAAUUGAGAAUGGAAAAGAUGAAACAGAAUUACCUCCAGCAAAACUUCUUAUUAGGGAUAGAAAUGACAAAGAUAAAGAGAACUUCAAUAAACUUAUACAAGAAAUUAAAAAAUCAAAAUCAGGAAAGUCUCUAGGUGUAUUUGCUAAAGAUAAUUAUCCUGGUGAAUUCUGUGAAAGUUGGAAGACAGCGAUGAAGGGUGAAAAAUUUGAAAAUAUUGAUAUCAGUUCAUCAGUUGCUCUUCUUAUGGCACCCAAAGAAGAUCCAGAAGUAAUCACAGUGAAAAAGGCUUGCUUGGUGACUGUUGAUGUUUUUACAAAAUAUUUAAAAGACCAAAUUAUGGAAAUCAUUGAUUCAGAUAAGAAAGUGAAACAUUCAAAACUUGCGGAGGGAGUUGAAGCUGCGAUAUCAGAUAAGAAAUAUGUCACAGGGGUAGAUACAAGUCAAGUUGAUAUGUGUUAUCCACCAAUUAUACAGUCAGGGGGAAAUUAUAGUCUCAAGUUCAGUGCUGUAUCCGAUAAAAAUCAUUUGCAUUUUGGUGCUAUAGUGUGUUCUCUAGGAGCAAGAUACAAGUCAUAUUGUUCUAACAUUGUUCGUACAUUGCUGGUCAAUCCUACUGACGAAGUUCAGAGUAAUUACAAUUUCCUCUUGAAUUUGGAAGAAGAGGUUAUGAAACACCUUGUGGCUGGUACAAAACUGUCAGCAGUGUAUGAGGCAGGUUUGGCACUAGCAAAGAAAGAAAAACCUAAUCUGGUGGAUAAUCUUACAAAAACAUUUGGAUUUGCCAUGGGCAUAGAGUUUCGGGAAAGCUCAAUUGUGAUUGGGCCAAAAACUUCAAUUGUUGCUAAGAAGGGCAUGGUGUUUAACAUUAACAUUGGCUUGGCUAACUUGCAAAACAGCGUAGCUACUGAUAAGGAAGGAAAGACAUAUGCACUAUUCAUUGGUGACACAGUGUUGGUAAAUGAGGAACAGCCUGCUUCCCUUCUCACACAGUCUAAAAAGAAGAUCAAGAAUAUUGGUAUAUUCUUAAAGGAUGAUGAUGAAGAAGAAGAGGAAGAAAAGGAAAACAAGACUGAGAUACUUGGAAGAGGCAAAAGGACAGCUGUUAUCGAAUCGAAGCUUCGCACAGAGCAUUCAUCAGAGGAGAAACGCAAGGAGCACCAAAGGGAACUCGCCAUAGCAUUGAACGAAAAAGCUAAGGAACGUUUGGCCAAGCAGUCCAGUGGGAAAGAUGGAGAAAAGAUUAGGAAAAGUACAAUUUCAUAUAAGAGUGUCAGUCAAAUGCCCAGAGAGAAUGAAGUGAAGGAACUUAAAUUGUAUGUUGAUCGAAAGUAUGAGACAGUGAUUCUGCCGAUAUUCGGCGUACCAGUACCAUUCCAUAUUUCAACGAUAAAAAACAUAUCGCAAUCGGUAGAAGGCGAUUACACGUACCUCAGGAUUAAUUUUUUCCACCCUGGAGCAACAAUGGGGAGAAACGAAGGAAACUAUGCACAACCAGAUGCUACUUUUGUAAAAGAAGUCACAUACCGAAGUACAAACACUAAAGAACCAGGCGAGAUAUCGCCGCCGUCCUCGAAUCUCAACACAGGCUUUAGACUCAUCAAAGAAGUACAGAAAAAGUUUAAAACGCGAGAGGCAGAGGAAAGAGAGAAAGAAGAUUUAGUGAAACAAGACACUUUGGUUCUCUCACAAAGCAAAGGCAACCCGAAACUGAAAGAUCUGUACAUCAGACCCAAUAUUGUCACAAAGAGAAUGAGUGGUUCUUUAGAGGCACAUUCGAACGGAUUCCGGUUCACGUCAGUCAGAGGCGACAAAGUCGAUAUCCUGUACAACAAUAUAAAGAACGCAUUCUUCCAGCCGUGUGAUGGAGAAAUGAUUAUAUUGUUGCAUUUUCAUUUGAAGCAUGCUAUUAUGUUUGGUAAAAAGAAACACGUAGACGUGCAGUUUUAUACAGAAGUGGGUGAGAUUACGACAGAUUUAGGCAAACACCAGCACAUGCACGACCGCGACGACCUGGCAGCCGAACAGAGCGAGCGUGAGCUGCGUCACAAGCUGAAGGUCGCCUUUAAGAGUUUCUGUGAGCGUGUCGAGAACAUGACCAAGCAAGAAGUGGAGUUCGACACACCCUUCAGAGAGCUAGGCUUCCCCGGUGCACCAUUCCGCAGCACAGUCCUCUUGCAACCUACAUCAGGCGCACUCGUCAACCUAACCGAGUGGCCGCCAUUUGUCAUAGCGCUCGAAGAUGUAGAACUGGUUCAUUUCGAGAGAGUACAAUUCCACCUCAAAAAUUUCGAUAUGGUGUUUGUGUUCAAAGAUUAUGCAAAGAAAGUCGCAAUGGUAAACGCUGUCCCUAUGAAUAUGUUGGAUCACGUCAAAGAAUGGCUCAAUUCGUGCGACAUCCGCUACUCUGAAGGUAUACAGUCUUUGAACUGGACGAAAGUCAUGAAGACCAUCACCGACGACAUUGAAGGCUUCUUUGACAACGGUGGCUGGUCAUUCUUAGACCCGGAAUCUGAUGCUGAAAAUGCUGAACAGGAGGAAGAUUCGGAGGAGGAAGACGAUGCUUAUGAGCCGACGGACGCCGAGUCGGAGGAGGAGUCCGACGACGAUUCAGAGUAUGAUUCGGAGGCUUCUGACGAGUCUGCUGGUUCAGGCGAUAGUGAAGAGGAAGAUGAGGAAUCCGGUAAGGAUUGGUCAGAUUUAGAGCGCGAGGCGGCCGAAGAAGACAAGAAGGAACGUAACUACGACCGGGAGGACUUCGACCGCAAACGCAAGGGCGGUCGCGACCAUCCUCGCUCGUACGGCUCGGAUGAGGGAAAUAGAAAGAAGAGCAAACACGACAAACAUGACAAACACAAAAGUUCCAGUCAUAAGAGUUCGAGUCAUAAGAGCCCAUCUAAACAUAGUAGCAGCAGUCCCUCAAAGAAUCGCGAUAAGCACCACAAAUCUCAUCACUCAAGCGACCACAAGUCAUCACAUAGCAAGUCUAAUGGGGACCACAAGAAGCAUUCAAGCGAUCAGAAAUCUCACAAGCGCUCCCGCGACGACAGCCGGGAACACGGCCGCAGCCCCAAGAAAGCAAAGAAAUAAACAGCUGAAAUAAUUUGUUUGGAUUAUAUACGGGUUCCAAUCUCUACACGCGGCUCGAGAGACAGUUCCAUAACGAGUUAAUUCCUAUCCAAUGUCCGUCUGCAUAAUGUUCAAAUCUGAUUGCCUGAAUGUUUAUAUGUAUGUAGAGUGAUUUUGAAUUCCAACGAUAAUUGUAAUUUAAUUAAAGCAACAAAAUAAAUGUAAGGAUUUAU